AGGUGUGAUUAGAUUCAGGUCUUCCCAGGUAACGAGUCUAUACUCUUUAGUUGAGGAGGGUGGUCCGUCCGUUCGGAGCGAACGAAGGCGCUUUGGCUGGAACGGCGAUGGCCGAGAUCCGGCCCUACUGGGCGUUGGCGGCGGCGGCGGCGCUGGGCUUCCGCGUCCUCCUGCUGAUCCUCUUCCCCGGUGAUCUCCACCUCGGCUCUCGCCCCGAGGUCGCCACCCCUCUCACCAGCCUCCGCCGCCUUUCCGAGGGUUACUGGCUCAAGCAAUCCUCCAUGUCCCCCUACGCAGGGUCCAUGUAUCAUGGUUCUCCUUUGCUGCUACCGAUUCUUGGUCCGUUAACUGCUGAAAGAACAGAUGGCCAACCUGCUCAUUUUUAUUGCAGUUUGCUGUUUGUGGUUGUAGAUUUCGUUACUGCCAUGCUUAUUCGUGCAACUGGCCAGAAGCUUCUGUUAUCACGUCGUCAGAGCUUGGAAUAUCUGAACCUUCCUAAAUUGGUAAAAAAUUCAGCCAACAUAAAUGCUGGAGAUUUGGCAUCUCUUAUAUAUCUAUGGAAUCCCUUGACGAUAGUCACUUGCCUUGGAUUGUGUUCAUCACCAAUCGAUAAUUUAAUGGUUGUGCUGACGAUUUAUGCAGCCUGCUCACGUCUAGCUCCUUUGGCAGCUUUUGGAUAUGUCCUCGCAACACACUUAUCUCUUUAUCCUGCAAUCCUAAUUUUACCGGUUAUUCUUCUAUUGGGAUAUGGACCAGAUGCUCCUCCAGCCAAGUUGUUUCUUCAUAAAAGCUCCAAUUCAGAUGGAAAAGACCCCUCAAAUAAUGACGAAAGUAGAAGUGCUGUAACAACUCAUAAACCGGUCCGGUGUUUUUCACGGAGGCCUGUUGUUCACUUCAUGAUAUGGGUGUCUAUCUGGUCAUGUUAUGUGUUGUUCUUGUGCAGCAUUUACCUUAAGGGGCUUGGUGGCCUGCAGGAGAUGUUUAAAAAGACAUAUGGAUUUAUUUUGACUGUAGGGGAUCUAUCCCCGAAUAUAGGUGUUUUGUGGUACUUCUUUGCAGAAGUGUUCGAGUUCUUCAGAAAUUUUUUUCUUAUAGUGUUUCAUGUGAAUAUCCUUUUUAUGAUAUUACCCUUGGCCAUUCGUCUGAAACACCGCCCAUGCUUCCUUGCCUUUGUGUAUACUGCAAUCUCCGCAAUGUUGAAAUCUUAUCCCUCUGUGGGAGAUUCAGCUUUAUAUUUGGGUCUUCUGGGGCUUUUUGCCAAUGAAUUAGCAGAUAUGCAAUUCUCUUUCUUCCUUUUCUUUGGAUACAUUGGAGUUUCUCUUCUUAGCCCUGUUAUGCACAACCUGUGGAUUUGGAGGGGCACUGGUAAUGCAAAUUUCUAUUUUGCCACCGGACUAGUUUACUCGUGCCUGCAGACCGUACUGAUCGUCGAGAGUGUGAGCACGAUGUUGAAGCACGACAGGAUGCUAAGAAAGCACGUCAUAGCAUGACAUCGUUUUUCUGACACUAUUUGUACUGCUCGGAUGCUUUGGAUGAAAAGUAGGUUGCCAUUUCGUGCCUGCAACGUGAUUAACAGCGCUUGAGCUCUAACAGAUGUUCGCCAAAAUACUGAAAUCGAUCGUGUAUCCUUCCGAUGCUGGUGUAGUUCUCUUUGAGAAUAUGCCGCCAUUUGUUUCGCUCCUGACAACUAAAAGCAGUAAGUUAUGGUCCAGUUUAUGUGUUAUUAUUUGCGUCCGAAAACAACAACUGAUUUCUCCUAUUGUUAACAAACGUUUGGAUAUGCUUUCUGCUGUAGUCAAAACAAACUUCUGUAUAAAUUGAUGGUUAAUU